UGUGCAGUGAGGUCCAUAGACAGAGAUUUCCAUGGAGGACAGAGACUGAGCGGCGCAGUCAGCAGGAGCGCACGCCGCUUUAUUAUCAUGGCUCAGUUUAUACAGUAGUGGAGAUGCGUGUCUUCUCUCAUAUAAAACAGUGUGUAGUUAAAGCGUAGUGCUACUUGUGGAAAAUAAACGGAAUUCAAUACUAGAAAACAGUUUGUUUUGUCGACUGUCUGACAUUAAUUUGGGAUUAAAAUGGUCAUCAAGGUUUACAUCGCCUCCUCAACUGGCUCUGUCGCGAUAAAAAAGCAUCAGCAGGCAGUGGUGGGUUUCCUAGAGGCCAAUCGAAUCAGUUUCCAGGAAGUAGACAUCACUAUGCUGGAGGAGCAGCGGCUCUGGAUGUACCGUAAUAUCCCCCGGGACAAGCAGCCAGAGAAAGGCAACCCACUGCCGCCACAGAUCUUCAAUGAGGAUCACUACUGUGGGGACUAUGAAGACUUCUUUGACUCGAAGGAGAACAACACUGUGUUUGCAUUCCUCGGGCUCAGUUCCAAACCAUCAGUGAAAGAUUCUGAGUCAUAAAUGAAGCUGCUGGUAUGUGACGUCUAGAGAACAAAGAAACAUGAGGACAAGAGCUGCACCACACCCUGUGUUACAUCGCCUGCUCUUCUCUUCCAUGAUCUUUUUGCGUGGACGCCAGCAUGUUGCCAAACAUCACACCACAUGGAUUUCACCUUAUGACCUCUCCUGACUCUUUUAACAACAUUCCACCAUCAAUUGAAUCUCUGACAUACAUCUGAUAAGUCCCGAAGAGGCCACAGACACUUAGUGACAGAAAAAGGGGAGAUUAACUUAACACUAAUGGACAAUGAUGGGCAUGUUUGUGUUUCCUUUUCAUGCUUGAUACUCUAUGACUGAAAACACUGUUUCAAAAUGCAGUAGCAGGAAUUCUUUGUGAAGUAGAAGAUGAAUAUGUAGCAGCUUUUGCACCUGCAGAACAAUUGGUUUGGGAGAGUCUGCAAUGCAGCAGACAAGGGAGAAGUGACACACCUGUAUCAUGUGUGUGUGUGUGCCUGCCUUAGUGUGUGCUCCUGUGUGUAUCUGUCUCAAUCAGCAGCUGUUAAUGAAGGCUGUGUUAAGUGAGGGGACCUGAGAGGCAUCACUUAAUGCAACCUGAAACAACCCCACGGCCUAGCCGUUAUGUCCGGAUCUGGGUGUGUGUCUGUGUCCCAGAGGUGACAGAGGAGAUACUGCAGCCUGCCACAAAGUAGAUAGGACCAAAUGCUAAGAACCCUAAUAUUAGGGAUAAAAAACACCUAAUAUCAUAGGCAGCAGUCAUUUUUUAAAUUUGUAGUAACUGCCAUCAAAUAAAACAUACCUCUGCCAAACCAGUUCCAGUUCCAAUCAAGGCUGCUGUAGAAAGAAAGCCUUGUUGCAAUAGAGCCAUAUGGGCUGUAGGAAUACACUGUACAGAUUAUUGUCUAAGACUUAUCUGACAGAGGGUCUAGGAGAUAAGAAAUGAUUGCUCAGGGAUAACCGAGUGGCAAAGCUCCCAACCUCUGUGCACCAGACCGCCCUCUAUGUUUUAAACGUUAUGAAAUGAACAGUUGACAGAUUAUGGCCCACUAUUACUCCGUCCUCCAGUCUGUUUUCUAUGUUGUUUCUCCCAGACACCAACACUAAGCAUUUUCUCUUUAUGUCUUCCCAAUUAAAUUAUCAUGGAUGAGUGGUUGACUGAUUCCUUUAUGCUUACACAUGAAGGACACACAAACAGAUGCAUUCCCUGUUAGCCAUUCUUUGCUAAAUGCUGUGCCAUGUUGUGAAAGGACAUGUAACCUUUACUUCAAAUUUCUGUCACUGUUGACACAAACAUUCCUAGUUUGCUGACUUAUAUCUUCAUUUAUUGUCAAAUCGUAAUUGUGAUUUUUUUGUCAAUGGUCGCUAACAAAUCUGAUGGACCACAAACUGACUAAAUGUACUAAUGUUGCACCACUCUG